CUGGAUCUAAACAAACCCAGCCUCCUGCACAACUGGCCCUGGGCUGCCCCAGGCAGAGAUCAGAGGGAUUCAGAGAGAGAAAGAGAUUGUGAGUUUGUAAGCCAGGGUGCAGAUAGGGGGCCGGAGCAGAGAGAGACAGAAGAAACAAGUGAUCAAGGCAGACAGGCACUUGGAGAGUGGGGUCAAGUUUGAGCAGGACUUCCCUACCCACACCUGGAAAAGGUAGCUGCCUUGUGAUCGAAGAAGCACCGGCCAGUGCCUGGAGGCCCCACGUUAGCACGUGCCUGCGGCGGCUUGAGACUUGUGUCUGGGAGUCCCUGAUAAGAGCUCACUCCCUCUUUCCUGCUACACUCCAGUCCUGGGGUUGAAAGAGGGGCUGGAACUCACUGCACCCCACACAGUCAUGGGACCCAGGAUAGGGCCAGUGGUUAUGGAGCCCCAGAUGCCAGACAAGGACACCAAGGCCGUGAUGGGCAGAGAAGACACAGCUGGAGACAAAGCCAGCCCAGACUCUCGGGACUUGCGGCCAAGUGUGUUCCACAGCAUCAAGUUCUUCGUCCUGUGCCACAGUCUGCUGCAGCUGGCACAGCUCAUGAUCUCCGGCUACCUCAAGAGCUCCAUCUCAACGGUGGAGAAACGAUUUGGCCUCUCCAGCCAGACCUCGGGGCUGCUGGCUGCCUUCAAUGAGGUGGGGAACACAGCCCUGAUUGUGUUUGUGAGCUAUUUUGGCAGCAGGGUACACCGACCCCGACUGAUCGGCUGUGGGGCUAUCCUUGUGGCCCUGGCGGGCCUGCUCAUGACCCUCCCACACUUCAUCUCGGAGCCAUACCACUACGACCGCACCAGCCCCGGGGACAUGCCACAGGACUUCGAGGCUUCCCUGUGCCUGACCACAACCUCGGCCCCUGCCCCGACCCCCUCCAAUGGCAGUAGCUGUUCCAGCUACACGGAGGCCCAGCAUCUGGCCGCGGUGGGAAUCAUGUUCAUGGCACAGACCCUGCUCGGUGUGGGCGGUGUGCCCAUCCAGCCCUUCGGCAUCUCCUAUAUCGAUGACUUUGCCCAUGACAACAACUCUCCCCUUUACCUCGGUUUCCUGUUUGCAGUGACGAUGAUGGGACCAGGCAUGGCCUAUGGGCUGGGUGGCCUCAUGCUGCGCCUUUAUGUGGACAUUGACCGAAUGCCAGAAGGUGGUAUCAACUUGACCUCGAAGGACCCCCGAUGGGUGGGUGCCUGGUGGCUGGGCUUCCUCAUCUCUGCUGUCGCCGUGGCCCUGGCUGCCAUCCCCUACUUCUUCUUCCCCAGGGAGAUGACCAAGGAGAAAGAUGAGCUUCACUUCCGGCGAAGGGUCUUGGCAAUUGUCAGCAAAGGUGAAGACUCCUCUGAGCAGAGCCCUGAGGAGUCCCCAAAGAAGCAGGAUGGCCUAGCCCAGAUUGCACCAGACCUGACCGUGGUCCAGUUCAUCAAAGUCUUCCCCAGGGUGCUGCUUCGAACCCUGCGGCACCCCAUCUUCCUGCUGGUGGUCCUGUCCCAGGUGUGCGUGUCGUCCAUGGUGGCAGGCAUGGCCACCUUCCUGCCCAAGUUCCUGGAACGCCAGUUUUCCAUCACAGCGUCCUAUGCCAACAUGCUCCUUGGCUGUCUCUCCAUCCCCUCGGCCAUCGUGGGCAUCGUCGUGGGGGGCAUCCUGGUCAAGCGCCUCCACCUGGGUCCCAUGCGCUGCAGUGUCCUCUGCCUGCUGGGGUCGCUGUUCUGCCUCCUUUUCACCCUGCCCCUCUUCUUCAUGGGCUGCCCUACCCACCAGAUCGCAGGCGUCUUCCACCAGCCUGGGUCCCAGCCUGGACUGGAGUUCUCCCCAGGCUGCAUGGAGCCCUGCGCCUGCCCUCCGGACGACUUUAACCCGGUCUGCGACCCCAGCACCCGUGUGGAGUACCUCACCCCCUGCCAUGCAGGCUGCACAAACCGGGUGGUCCAGGAGGCUCUGGACAAAAGCCAGGUUUUCUACACCAACUGCAGCUGCGUGGCGGGGGGCGGCCCCGUGCCUGCGGGCUCCUGCGACUCGGCCUGCAGCCACCUGGUGCUGCCCUUCAUGCUCCUGAUCAGCCUGGGUGCAGCCAUGGCGAGUGUCACCCACACUCCCUCCUUCAUGCUCAUCCUAAGGGGCGUGAAGAAAGAAGACAAGACUCUGGCCGUGGGAAUCCAGUUCAUGCUCCUGAGAGUUUUAGCCUGGAUGCCCAGUCCUGUGAUCCACGGCAGUGCCAUCGACACCACCUGCGUGCACUGGGCCUGGAGCUGUGGGCGUCGGGCCGUCUGCCGCUACUAUGACCAUGACCUGCUCCGAACUCGGUUCAUUGGCCUCCAGUUCUUCUUCAAGACGGGCUCCCUGGCCUGCUUCGCCUUGAUUAUGGCUAUCCUAAGGCAGCAGGGCAAAGAGGAGGGGACCAAGGUGGUGACAUGCCCUGGCCUACAGCAGCAGCCGUUAAUGUCAGGACCAGAGAAGAAGCCUGAAGAAUCCAGAGUGUGAGCUGUCCCAGGGCCCUACCCUGGCCAAGAGUGGCAGCCAUGGCAAGUGCCUCCUCCAGGCUCUUGGCCUGAGAUUGAUUGUCAGGAGCCCUGUGACCAUCUGUGCUGUCAGGAUGGACGCUGGUCUCCUCCUCAGCCUGGGGUGGGGCCAGGAUAGCCUCUGUCAAGAAGUGUCCAUUUGGCGCCCCCUGGAGGCAGAGCCCUGAGCUCUGAGGCGAGAUCCACUUGGGGAAGGAGGUGAGCAUGCAGGCUGGGCCGGGCCUUUAGGAAAUCUUGUGUCAGGGCCCUAAGGGGCCUGAACUUCUUGGGGAGGCUCACUCUCUGGACUCAGGAAGUCUCAGACCUUGCCCUCAGGGAGCCACAGUCUGGGUGAGGGGCUUCGGUGGAGGGGGAGACCCGGGCCCCUCACUUGGGUGUUUUCCAACUUCAAAGACCAAACACACCCACCACAUACUCACUGGUACCCUAUGCAUUGCCAAGAUUUUACACAUUUGACCAGGGCCCCCCACCAAAGUUACUGUGGCUUCUGUAACUAGAAUCCUCAUUUCACCAUUUCCUCCUAGGUGCUUGAAUCCGUGUCACCUGGGGCUCUGUAGAUAAUGUCUGUUUCUAGGAUACCUAAGUUUGGGGGAUAAACUGGUUCUCUGUGAUGCCGGGGUUGGUAUAAGGACCUGCUCUUUGUACUGCCCAGGCCUGGAAUGCCUGGGAGCAGUAAUGUUCAGCUCUGUGUAAUGAGUAAUGUAAUGCUGGGAGCAGUACUGCCCAGCUCUGUGUAAUGAGUGGGUCUGUGGAAUGCUCAGGUCUAAACAAACCGGGCCUGUGUAUGUCAGGCCUUGACUGAUGCUAUGGCCAGGCCUGCUUAUCUCCCUGGGAGGAGAGAGUUUCCUGAUCUGCUCCCAGCCCAUUCUGUUGCCUUCACCUAUCUGACCGAGCUGGGACCUGCUGCUCCAGAGGCAGGAGACAGGGAGCCAUCAGCAGCUUCCCAUACGCUGUAUCCAGCCAUGUGGGGGGCGGGGGCCAGGGGCCAGGGAGAGCUGAAGGGCAGGGGACACACCUGGCUGUGGCCCUCUGAGCAGCUCCCAGCAUCAGGCUUUGAGGCUAUCUCAGGUGAAAGAAGAGGGAAGUACAGAAGUUCUCGUUCCCAUUUUAUCCUACCAUUUGUUGAUACCUUUAAAUGUUUAACAACUCUCUGAGCCUUUAUUUAUCAGUGUCAAGAAUUCCAAAGUUCCCAACAGGAAGAGGCUGUUCAUGUGUUUAUAUUCCUUCUCCUCCCCCCAUUUCCCAGGAUUUGCAGAAAUAAUCUGGAAUUAUAGAUACAGCUUGUUAUUAAAUUUGUUCUUGCAUACUGUC